UCCCUUUAGUGGGAUCACUGAGCUGGUAAAUAACGUUCUCCAACCACAGCAAAAACAGCAAAAUGAAAAGGAGCCCCAGACAAAAUUACAUCAGCAGUUUGAAAUGUAUAAGGAGCAAGUGAAGAAGAUGGGUGAAGAAUCACAGCAGCAGCAGGAGCAGAAGGGUGAUGCCCCAACCUGUGGCAUCUGCCACAAAACAAAAUUUGCUGAUGGCUGUGGCCAUAACUGUUCAUAUUGCCAAACUAAAUUCUGCGCGCGCUGUGGAGGAAGAGUGUCUUUACGGUCAAAUAAGGUAAUGUGGGUAUGUAACUUGUGCCGAAAACAACAAGAAAUCCUCACAAAAUCAGGAGCCUGGUUCUAUAACAGUGGAUCACAUGCACCACAGCAGCCUGACCAAGAAGGAAUUAGAGCUCUGCGGAACGAGGAAGCACCUCAAGAGAAAAAAGCAAAGCUACAGGAGCAUCCUCAGUACCAAGGACCACCAGGUGACAUAUCCACACAAGCUUUGGACAAAAACAGAUCUCAAGGGCUCACAAGACAAGACUCAAUUAAGAAUGGUUCAGGAGUAAAGCAUCAAGUAACAAGUGACACAACAUCAGACAGGAAAAGAAGCCCAUCAAUAUCAAGAGAACAGAACAGAAGAUACGAGCAAAGGGACGAGCGAGACGAAUAUUCGCAGUAUGCUACAUCAGACAGUGCGAUGCCCAGGUCACCAUCAGAUUAUUCAGAUAGACGGUCACAGCGUGGGCCUCAGUUGUAUGAAGAACCUGAACUGGGUGAUUAUAGGGAUUCCAACCGAAGGAGCCGCAGACGUUCCAAGGAGUAUCCGGUAGAAGAAGAAGAUGCACAAAACAGGGAGGAAUAUGAAAGGCAGCGGAGAGAAGAGGAAUACCAGGCACGAUACCGAAGUGACCCUAAUUUGGCUCGUUACCCAGUCAAGCCACAACCAUAUGAGGAACAAAUGCGUAUCCAUGCUGAAGUGUCCCGAGCACGUCAUGAACGGAGGCAUAGUGAUGUCUCAUUGGCAAAUACAGAGUUGGAAGAUUCUCGGAUGUCUAUGCUCAGGAUGGAACGGCCAUCAAGGCAAAGAUCGGUGUCUGAGCGCAGGGCUACCAUGGAAAAUCAACGUUCAUACUCUAUGGAAAGAACUCGAGAGGCUCAGGGGCCAAGUCCCAAUCGUCAGAGGACCACAAAUCAUAGCCCUCCUACACCAAGGAGGAGUCCAAUUCCUCUGGAAAGACCAGACAUGAGGCGCUCUGAUUCAUUAAGGAAACAGCACCAUUUGGAUCCCAAUUCUGCUGUACGGAAAACAAAACGUGAAAAAAUGGAGACCAUGUUACGGAAUGAUUCACUUAGCUCAGACCAGUCUGAGUCUAUCAGACCUCCCCCACCAAAGCCCCAUAAAACGAAAAAGGGAGGUAAAAUGCGCCAGGUUUCAUUAAGUAGCUCAGAAGAAGAAUUGGCAUCCACUCCAGAAUAUACAAGUUGUGAUGAUGUGGAGAUUGAAAGUGAAAGUGUUAGUGAAAAAGGAGACAUGGAUUACAACUGGUUGGACCAUACGUCUUGGCAUAGCAGUGAGGCCUCCCCAAUGUCUUUGCAUCCAGUAACUUGGCAACCAUCCAAAGAUGGAGAUCGUCUCAUUGGUCGGAUUUUGUUAAAUAAGCGACUAAAAGAUGGAAGUGUGCCUAGAGAUUCAGGAGCAAUGCUUGGAUUGAAGGUAGUAGGAGGAAAGAUGACUGAAUCAGGUCGACUCUGCGCAUUUAUCACCAAAGUUAAGAAAGGAAGCUUAGCUGAUACAGUGGGGCAUCUUAGACCAGGUGAUGAAGUGUUAGAAUGGAAUGGAAGGCUACUACAAGGAGCCACUUUUGAGGAGGUAUAUAACAUCAUUUUAGAAUCCAAACCUGAGCCACAAGUGGAGCUUGUAGUUUCAAGACCAAUAGGGGACAUUCCCAGAAUACCUGACAGCACACAUGCACAGCUGGAGUCCAGUUCAAGUUCAUUCGAAUCUCAAAAAAUGGACCGACCUUCUAUUUCAGUGACUUCUCCUAUGAGUCCUGGCAUGUUAAGGGAUGUUCCACAGUUCUUGUCUGGACAACUUUCAAGCCAAAGCCUUAGUAGAAGAACAACGCCUUUUGUUCCUAGGGUUCAGAUAAAACUGUGGUAUGACAAGGUUGGUCAUCAGCUAAUAGUGACAAUACUGGGAGCAAAGGAUCUUCCUUCAAGGGAAGAUGGGAGGCCAAGGAAUCCUUAUGUUAAAAUUUACUUUCUUCCAGACAGAAGUGAUAAAAAUAAAAGAAGAACAAAAACAGUGAAGAAAACAUUGGAACCAAAGUGGAAUCAGACAUUUAUUUAUUCUCCAGUUCAUCGGAGAGAGUUUAGAGAACGAAUGUUAGAAAUCACUCUUUGGGACCAAGCACGAGUUCGAGAGGAAGAAAGUGAAUUUUUAGGAGAGAUUCUUAUUGAGUUAGAAACAGCAUUACUAGAUGAUGAACCUCACUGGUACAAACUUCAAACACACGAUGUCUCUUCAUUGCCACUUCCCCACCCCUCACCAUAUUUGCCACGCAGACAACUCCAUGGCGAGAGCCCCACACGGAGGUUACAAAAUAAAGGCUUAUAUUCAUAUAAUUCAGGAUCCAAAAGAAUCAGCGACAGUGAAGUCUCUGAUUAUGACUGUGAUGAUGGAAUUGGUGUUGUUUCAGAUUAUCGACAUAAUGGGAGAGAUCUUCAAAGUUCAACAUUAUCAGUGCCAGAACAAGUUAUGUCAUCUAAUCAUUGUUCUCGAUCAGGGUCCCCUCACCGUGGAGAUAGUAUAGGACGGACUAGAUCGUGGUCUCCCAGUGUCCCUCCCCCACAAAGUCGGAAUGUGGAUCAGGGACCCCGAGGGCCUCGAUCUACGGCUGCGCAUUACAACACCCUGAACCGCAUGGACAGACACCGAGUCAUAGACGACCACUACUCCCCGGACAGAGAGAGGAGGACUAGACAGGAGAGAAGAGUGCCUAUUUCAUAUUAUGAUGACACAGCCUAUACUCCUGAAAGGUGGUACAAUGGUGCAAGUUCAUGGGCAGAUCAUGUAGUCAAUGGUUCAGCUGAAAAAUAUGGGAAUUGUGAAGCAGCAGAUAGACAGCCAUAUCAAAGAUCCAGAUCAACAGAGCAACGUCCUAUGCUAGAGCGGACCAACUCCCGCUCCCGAUCCACAGAGCGUCCUGACUCAAACCUCAUCAGGUCGAUGCCUUCAUUAAUGACUGGAAGAUCUGCCCCUCCUUCACCUGCCUUACCGAGGUCACAUCCUCGAUCUGGGUCUGUUCAGACAAGUCCAUCAAGUACUCCGGUAGUAGGGCGAAGGGGCAGGCAGUUACCGCAGCUCCCACCCAAGGGGACGUUGGAGAGAAACAAUGGAGACAAGGAGAUAGAAUCUUAUGAAGAAGAAGCGGAAUCAUCAAGGAGAAGAAACUCAGGUGCAAUGGAUGUAGAAGAAAGGAAUCGCCAAAUGAAAAUGAGCAAGUACAAACAGGUAGCAGGAUCAGAUUCCAGGCUGGAACAAGAUUAUCAUUCUAAGUAUCGGUCAGGGCGGGAUCCUCAUCGAGGCUCAGACAAUGUUUCCAAUAAGUCUUCUGACAGCGAUGUCAGCGAUGUCUCCGCUGUGUCACGGACAAGCAGCGCUUCACGUUUCAGCAGCACAAGCUACAUGUCCGUCCAGUCAGAGCGUCCACGAGGAAACAAGAAAAUAAGUGUCUUUACAUCCAAAAUGCAAAGCAGACAGAUGGGCGUCUCAGGAAAGAACAUGACUAAGAGCACCAGCAUCAGCGGGGACAUGUACACGCUGGAGAAGAACGAUGGCAGCCAGUCUGACACAGCAGUGGGCACUGUUGGUGGCGGCAGCAAAAAGAGACGGUCCAGCAUCGGUGCGAAGAUGGUCGCCAUAGUGGGUCUCUCAAGAAAAAGUCGCAGCACGUCACAGCUCAGCCAAACUGCAGGGGGCAAGAAGCUGCGGAGCACCGUCCAGAGGAGCACUGAGACAGGGCUGGCUGUGGAGAUGAGGAACUGGAUGACUCGUCAGGCUAGCCGGGAAUCGACGGAUGGGAGCAUGAACAGCUACAGUUCUGAGGGAAAUUUGAUUUUUCCUGGUGUGAGGUUGGCUGCAGAUAGCCAGUUCAGUGAUUUUCUGGAUGGACUUGGUCCCGCCCAGCUUGUAGGACGACAGACUUUGGCAACACCAUCAAUGGGAGAUAUUCAGGUGGGAAUGAUGGACAAGAAAGGACAACUGGAAGUAGAAAUAAUCCGAGCCCGUGGCCUUGUUGUAAAACCAGGUUCAAAGACACUGCCAGCACCAUAUGUAAAGGUGUAUCUAUUAGAAAAUGGAGUCUGCAUAGCCAAAAAGAAGACAAAGGUAGCAAGAAAAACUCUGGAACCACUUUAUCAGCAACUUCUAUCUUUUGAAGAAAGUCCCCAAGGGAAAGUUUUACAGAUAAUUGUUUGGGGAGACUAUGGACGUAUGGAUCACAAAUCCUUUAUGGGAGUGGCACAGAUACUUUUAGAUGAACUGGACCUGUCCAACAUGGUGAUUGGGUGGUUCAAACUUUUUCCUCCUUCUUCCCUAGUAGACCCAACUUUAGCUCCUCUCACUAGAAGAGCUUCCCAAUCAUCUCUUGAAAGUUCAACAGGACCUUCAUAUUCUCGCUCAUAGCAGCUGUGAAACUGUUGUCAUAGCAACCAGCGUUACAAAAAAAUAAAAUUACAGGUCGCAAACCCUGGUAACACUGCAUGCUUAAUGUUGUGUCUUCUGAGCCUGUUUCUAGGGCUGCAACGCGAUCCUGUGUUCUCAAGGAAGUUGCACACAUUGUGCCCUACAGAAGGCCCUCAGGUGAUGGACUGAAAUCAUGAAGAACUGAUAGGUUUGGAGUUCAGGGACUCAGUUUUGGUCCAAUCUGAAGCCAUGGACUAAACUAAAAAAAUCAAUCUGUUUCAUGCAACAAAAGUCCUUUUCAAUAGCAUAUCUGUUUUGUUGCUCCCGUUGCUUUAUUUAACUGCCCUCUACUCCUAAAGCUUGGUUAUGCCACAGAAAUGGAGUUACCCUCCCACGAAGCCACGUUACAAGUCAGUGGAAUAGCAGACAGUGGAAGAAAAGAAGAAUGUAAGGAUGUUGGAAAAGUCAACUGGCACUUGCAGCAGUUGCUUGAGAUCUGAAAAAUCUUCAUAUUGAAAAGGUUCAAGACUUAAAGUGGCAGGCUUCAUACCUCCAGCUAUUCACACAGUGAAACCCCAGACAUGAUGGACUCUCUGAAAAAUAAAAUUCUGUGGAUAUACUGUACUGUAUGAAAUUAAGAAACUUUUUUGCAUGGACACAGAUUUAGCUGAACACUUAAAUUAUUUUCUUGGGGCUGCAACUUGCAAAAAAAGAAAAAAGAAUAAAUCAGCCAUUUUCAACAGUUUAUAUUAUUUUUAAAAAUAAAUUUCACUAGUGCAUGGUUUUAAAGGAAAGAGAAUGCAACAGGGUGAUACAAAGACACACCACGUUUAUCAUUCUUUAAACCAAUCAUGGUCUGUAUUUUUGCAGACUUAUAUUAAAAAUAAAAAAUAAUUUCUAGCAAAUAUUUAAAAUUCUGUUUAUGUGACAAGAAAUAAGUGUAAUAUAUUAAAUUUAUUUAAAUGUAAAAGGUACAAGCCUUGUAAAGUUCAACAUAAUGUGCAAAUUGUACACUUCUUUUACCACCUCUUUCUCUAUCUCUCCUUCCAGUCUCCCUUCUUCCUUUUGCUCUUUUUCCCCUCUACCUCCCAGGAUGAUCAGAAUAUUCUAAAAUGGCUACCUUUUGACUUAUUACUCUCUUAUGCCCCAUAUUUGGUUCAGGGUUGCAGAUUGUUCUGCAUUUCUGAAUUAUUUGAGAAAAAUAUUGAUUAAGAACUUACUUUUUUUCAAGCAUGUUGAAAAGGAUUUUGCAACAUGGCUUGGGAGUACAUUAAUGUAAUUCAGCAUGUAUUUGAUAAAGAAGAUAUUUGAACUUUUUGCAAUUUAUUGUACAGUGCAUGGUAACUUAUUUUCAUUUUUUUCUCACCUUCAAAUUGAAUUCUGCAGCAAAAUACUGGAAUCAUGUGGCCAUUGUAAGAUGUCUUCAAUAAAUUUGUUUUCAGCACCAGCAUCUUUCAUUCAAAGACUGAACUAUCAUUUCUUGAAGGUUUUUGGAAAGAGAAAAAAUUAAGUACCUGGUUGAUUUUUAGGAAAUAAAUUUAAGCACUUUUAUUUGCACUAAACCAAAUUGAUUGCUACAUUUUUGAGAUUACAAAGGCAACACAGGUUACUAAUCCAGACAGUUCUUCUGCUGUAAAGUUCAAUUUUCAUAAAUUACAUUUGCAUUGCAAAAGACAUAAUUAGGUAAUAUCAGUCUGGAAAAUAACAGUCUUUGGUUUGUAAAAUAGCCUUAAAGAAAGCUUAUCAGUACCACUCUGACAGCUAUUUGACACCAUUACCAGAACCUCACUGCAGUUAAUGCAUCUUCAAAAACCUGGUUUUUGUAGCAUACAGUAACUACCAUUGGGUGGUGCUGCAAGUUCAAGCUUCUCAUUAAAUUAUGUUGUUUAAAGGGAAUGUAACUGGCUAACAUUUAAUAACAAAUAUCCUUUUUUUCUGGGUCUUUGUAUGCCUUUAAUACCUACUUAAGGUUUAUUAUUGAAACCUUGCAAUAAUUUUUGAAGUAUACAUUACAUUUACCUUUAAGGCCACACAGAAUUAUUCUGAUUUUAUUGAAAAAUCUAUUGAAGUUUCCCAUUAACAAAUUGUAAAUGCCUCGUAAGAGGGCAAAAGUAAUAACAGUAUCACUUAUAAUGCCUUUUACUUUGUGCAAUAUCAUAGAAAUCGAGAUUGUGUCUUGUCUGCAGAGUUUAUAUAAUGGAUUAUUGUUAAUAGACAGACUGGUAAAAUUAUAUUUAUUGAAAUAAUUUAGACACCUGUCUACCAGCAGCAAAUAAAUACUACUAACAUACAGUCUACAAUAUCCCCUAGGAUAUAAACAAAAAUACAUAACCAUUUUCCUGACACUGUGAGAUGUGCUCACACAUUCUUGUAUGCAUAGUCCUAUAUAAAUUAUUUCAAAUUUUAAAAUCAAGGAGAUGACACAUGGAAGGUUUGUACAUACUUGUUGUUAUGCAGUAUUUAUUUUAAAAAAAUUAAUGUAUUUUUUUUAAUUUUCACACGUCUGCAACUCUACUUAUGGUUUAGUCAUGUAAAUAGCACUAUUCCAGUGAUCACUGCUGUCUUGUACAUAGUACGUUUUAAAAAGCUAAAAGGAAUUACAGUUGGGGAAAAAAAAAAAGGGCAGAUUAGGCCUGUCAUGAACACCAACUAAUGUAAAUCAAACUCAUUCUGGUGAUGGUAUUUAACACUUUAAAUAAAACAUUUUCUUUACAGAA